UAUGUUCAUUUCCUCCAUGUAUAUAAAUUGAAUGGUCACUUGAUGACUCUUGCUUAUCCUUGUCAAGGCUGUUCAAAACAUUGGGGAGUUUAAUGUAUUUCACCAAAUAUUUAGCUACUGUACACGUGUAAAAUGUAUUUGUCUGGAAGUUCGGGGAAGAGACUUGGUGUUUAAGAGUCUAUUUGAAGUUGUGGUUACUUUGAUUCAUAUAGCGAAAAACGAGGUCGGGCUGCUUUAAGAAUUUUGAGAUUUUCGUAGGUAAUUUUUUAUUGGUUUGAUGGGGGCCAAAAGUUCUACGUCUAGUGAAGGGAGGAGUUGGAGGCAAUCUUACUCAAGUCGGUCUACUUCUUCAUCGUCAUGGAAUUAUGAUUUUUUUCAAUCAUCAGUUUCACAAUAUGCUGAGAGUUAUCCUGUCCAGCAAACAUAUUCAGCUGAAUAUCCACCACCAGACCAGUACGAUGCUCCUCCCAUUUAUGGGGCUCCAUCCCAUUCACAUGCACCACAAAAGAAGCUCGACAGGAGGUAUUCAAGGAUUGCGGACAAGUAUAAUUCGUUAAAGGAGGUGACUGAAGCUCUUGCACGUGCUGGACUUGAGUCUUCAAAUCUAAUUGUUGGUAUUGAUUUCACUAAGAGCAAUGAAUGGACAGGUAAAAGGUCAUUCAAUGGUAGAAGCUUACAUCACGUUGGAUGUGGUUUGAAUCCUUAUGAACAAGCAAUAUCCAUCAUUGGGAAAACCUUGGCUGCUUUUGAUGAGGACAACUUGAUUCCCUGUUUUGGAUUUGGAGAUGCAUCCACACAUGAUCAAGACAUAUUCAGCUUCUAUCCUGAUCAAAGAUUUUGCAACGGAUUUGAGGAAGUGUUGAGUCGUUACAGAGAGAUUGUUCCUCAUGUAAAACUUGCAGGACCAACAUCAUUUGCCCCUAUUAUUGAAAUGGCCAUGAGUAUUGUCAAGCAGAGUGGAGGACAAUACCAUGUUUUACUGAUUAUUGCAGAUGGGCAGGUUACUAGAAGUGUAGAUACUGAAUUCGGUCAGCUAAGUCCACAAGAACAGAGAACUAUUCAAGCCAUUGUUGAAGCAAGCAAGUUGCCGUUGUCUAUCAUUUUGGUUGGGGUUGGAGAUGGACCCUGGGACAUGAUGAAUGAAUUUGAUGAUAACAUUCCAGUUCGGGACUUCGAUAAUUUCCAGUUUGUCAAUUUUACAGAGAUUAUGUGCAAAAAUGUGCACCAAUCACGAAAAGAGACAGAAUUUGCUCUUGCGGCAUUGAUGGAAAUUCCGUCUCAAUAUAAAGCAACAAUGGAGCUAAAUUUGUUGGGACAAAAUGGAAAUGCUCCUGAUAGGGUUCCUCGUCCACCUCCAGCAUACGUUGCAGUAUCUGGCACCAAUUUGAAACCUGACCGUGCAACUAGUUCUCAGCAGAGUUCAAGUUCAUAUUAUGACACCAACGGCUCUGCCGACACAGUUCCAUCUGCUCCGAGAUCAGCGUACGACGACCAGAUUUGUCCUGUUUGCCUUAGUGACCCAAAGGACAUGGCAUUUGGUUGUGGGCAUCAGACAUGUUGCGACUGUGGAAAAGACCUUCAGCUUUGUCCAAUUUGCCGGAGUUCAAUCCAAACCAGAAUAAAACUCUACUGAGUAGCUUGUUUGCUCGGUUAAACCAUAGCUUCUGCUGAAAAACUAAAAGAUUAGCAUGGCUCGCUUUGAUCUUACUUUUGGUUGACUAUCUCGGUCAUUUUCUGUCCCAAUCUCCCACCCCUUGUGUGCCAAAUUCUUUUAAUUUGUUCUUGAUGUAAAAAAACAUUAGUGUGGGUUGUUGCAUCCUUGUUAGUCUCAUUACCUUAUUUAUGUAAAUCAUCUGAUUGUCAUUUGUUUA